AUGCCGAGGCUGAGCAACCUGUGCUGGCGGCGACGGGACACGUGCCGUGCCUGGGGGUACCCGACACCGUUACUGUUCCCCCGCGCCCAGGACCCGCAGCACCGCGGCAAUGUCUCUGCCGGGGAGCAGACGCUCGUCUACCGGAUCGCGAAGUCUUCAGCGCCCUCAGCCACUCGGCCUGAGACACAGCCUCUUCUCCCUGCCUCCAGGCGCCCCUCGCCCCCUGGGAGGGACACCUACGGCACCUCCUCGCUGAGCAGCAGCAGCAAUUCUGGCUCCUGCAAGGGCAGCGACAGCAGCCCCACCCCAAGACGCUCGGCCAAGUACAACCUCUGCAGUGACAACCAUGGGAUAAAGCCGCCGACGCCGGAGCAGUACCUGACGCCCCUGCAGCAGAAGGAAGUCUGCAUCAGGCACCUGAAAGCUCGCCUGAAGGACACGCAGGAGCGGCUGCAGGACAGGGAUGCUGAGAUCGAGGACCUGAAGACGCAGCUGUCGCGGAUGCAGGAGGACUGGAUCGAGGAGGAGUGCCACCGCGUGGAGGCCCAGCUGGCGCUGAAGGAGGCCCGCAAGGAGAUCAAGCAGCUGAAGCAGGUCAUCGACACGGUGAAGAACAACCUGCUGGAGAAGGACAAGGGGCUCCAGAAGUAUUUCGUGGACAUCAACAUCCAGAACAAGAAGCUGGAGACGCUGCUGCACAGCAUGGAGGUGGCGCAGAACGGGGCGCUGAAGGAGGAGGGUGCCGGCGAGUCGGCCGGGGGGUCCCCAGCCCGCUCCCUCACCCGCAGCUCCACCUACACCAAGCUGAGCGACCAGGGGGCCGGGGACCGCAACGUGGGGGGCUCGCAGACCAUCUCGCUGGACGAGGGGGCCGACAGCGGCUUCGCGGGGGCGGAGGAGGCUCCCAGCCAUACGGACCCGCUAGAGGGGGGGGGCACCCGCCUGCCCCCCAGCUCCACCUACGAGAAGCUGCUGGGGCUGCGGGGCAGCGUGGAGGCAGGGGUGCAGGCCAGCUGCAUGCAGGAGCGGGCCAUCCAGACGGACUUCGUGCCCUGCCAGCCCGACCUGGACACCAUCCUGGAGAAGGUGAUGAAGUCCCAGGCUUGCAGCUUAGGCAGCCCCACCUCGGCCUGGGUCUCCGAAAUGGAAGACAUGAUGCCUGGCCCCGAGCUCUCCAACCCCACCGGGGCCACGGACCUGCUGGUGGCCGAGCCCGAUGCCGUGACGCCUCUCUAG